CUCCAACUUGUCUAGAUGCGUAGACAUGAACAAACUUACCACGACGACGAGCAUGAAAACUCACGAUGCUCAUGUAAUAAUGCAAAGACUUCUACCAAUUGCACUAAAAGAGAUGCUCCCUGAACACGUAUGGUCCUGCAUUACUGAAAUCAGUUUGUUGUUUCAAUCGAUAUGUUCCAGCGUUUUGGAUGCGGCAUCCCUCCGGAGACUACAAGAGUCUGUUCCCAUUCUGAUGUGUAAUCUGGAAAAAAUAAUGCCACCAUCGUUUUUCGAUACAAUGGAACAUCUCAUUAUACAUCUUCCGUAUGAGGCUUUGACUGCUGGGCCCGUCUUCUAUCGGUGGAUGUACAGAUUUGAAAGAUUUCUAGGAGAGCUGAAAAAGAAAGUGACCAACAAGGCACACGUUGAGGCUUCAAUUUGUCAAGCGUAUCUUCAACAAGAAAUCUCAACGUUCUCGUCUUUUUACUUCGAGCGUGACGUCAUCACCAGAAGGAAGAGACCUGCCCGGAACGAUGACAUUGGCGAGGAUUUAUAUGAAAAUCUAGUUUCCAUCUUCAAUUACCCAGGCAGAGGUAAAGGUGCUGCGACACAACGAUACAUCCUGGGUGGGGAAUUGCAAAUUGCGCAUACUUAUAUCCUCAUGAAUUGUCCAGAAAUCUCACCGUUUUAUCA